AUGGAUAAUCAAAAUGAUGGACUUGAUGGUGCUUCUAGUCAACCUAUUAAGCAUCAUAUUCAUGAAUCAUAUGGGGAAUUUGAGGGUAAUGUUGAUGUUAAGAAUGAAUCUACUGAACAAAGUAGUGCUAAAAGUAAGAAAUUAACUUCAGAAGCAUGGAUUUAUUUUGACCUUGUACAUGUGAAUGGUGUACAAAUGGCAAAAUGUAAGACUUGUAAGAAAACACUUUCCUACAAAGGGAGUAGUGGAACUUCAUAUCUUCUUAAACAUGCUAAAAAAACAUGUUCAAGUAGACAUUUAAACCUUGCAUCUAAUCAAUCACAAUUAAAAGUGAAAAGAGAAAUCGAUGGAUCUACUUACUUAGUAGUUAAUGAAAAGCCAAAGAAAGUGGUUUUUGAUCAAGAAGUAUCAAGGAAAGAAUUGAUGAAAAUGGUGGUAAUGCAUGAGUAUCCUUUAUCAAUGGUUGACCACAUUGGUUUUAGAAACUUUGUGAGGAGUUUAAAUGACAACUUUAAGAUUAUUUCAAGAAACACAUUGAAAAAUGAUGUGAUAAAAACGUACAACACCGAGAGAAGCUCUCUUAAAGUCUUGCUUGAGCGUAAUGAGGGUAGAAUUGCAAUAACAACUAACAUGUGA